CUUGUUGAUCAUUAAGUAUUUAAAAGUAUUUUAAGAUUGCUUGGACAUUUAAGGUUAAGUUUGAAAAACUGGAAUUUCUUCAAAAUCUUUAAAAAGUUUGAAAGUUUAAAUAAAAUGGUUAGAUCAGUAAUUUUUCUCUUCUUCUUCGUGGUACUUUCAUUUGACUCUUUAGAAUCAGCCACAAUACAGUGCGAGUAUAAGUAUAACAGUUGGAGCAUAGCUGGAAAUUUAUACUCUUGCUUUGUUUCGAAUGGAAUAACGAUAAACUCACCAGAAACAGCAAACAUUGACUUAGCAACAGGAAGUCAUCAAAGUGGUUACACCAACGAUAAUUUGAAUUAUUUUUAUACUGCUUCAGUAGCAAUUUCAUAUUUUCCACGUGGAUUAGAUAAAAUUUUUAAAAAUCUCAAAGGCAUUCGAUUUGAUUAUGCCGGAUUUAAAGAAAUUCAUCAAUCAGACUUGAAGCCAUUUCCGAAAUUGAUUGAAUUUUUGAUUAUUUAUGGUAGUCAUGUAGAAAUAUUAGAGGAAGGAUUGUUCGAUUUUAAUCCUGAUUUACAAUAUCUCAAUCUUCAGUAUAAUAAAAUCAGUCACAUUGAUCCUAAACUAUUUGAUUCUUUGACAAAGCUGAAGCAGUUGCAUCUUACUUCUAACUUUUGCAUUAACAAAGGUGCAUCAGAUCGCACAUCAGUUCAGAACCUCAUAAAAGAACUUAAACCAAUCUGCAACAACUCAGACUAUUCAAGCCUAGACCAAAAAAUUAAAUUCUUAAACUCAGAAUCAAAAUCUAUAAAUUUAAAUGAUUUUAAAGAAGAGUUCAAAGAUUUGGAAAAUAAGAUCAAUGCCUCGAAGUUUGUCAAUUUCUAUCAGCCUAGGCUUCAAAAAUUAAAAAAAAUCCUUGAUGAAAAAUUAUUUGAAACUACAAAUUGCAUAUCACUUAACGAUAGUUUAUUAAAAAUCAACAAAAAUGUUCAAAAAGUCGAUGAGAACAUUUCAAAUUUGACUGAAAAUAUGCUAAAUAUAAGUCAUACAGUCAUAAAAGUUGAGGAUGAAAUUUCAAGCUUAAAAAAAAGUUUCUCUAAUUUUAAUAAAGAAGCUUUAAUUGAAUUUAAAGAUAACUUUGCUAAGAACAAUGAAAAUUACGCAGAACUUAAAGAAGAAGUUGUGAUUGUAAAGAAAGCUGUUGAAGGAGUCGACAAAAAGCUUGAAGAAUUCAACAAAAGCAUCAGCAUCAGCAGAGCAUUAACAACAGGGAUAGAAUCAGAUACAAAAACCACAUAUGAAGACAGAAUUGAGUUAAUUAAUAAAGCAGCUGAAAAAAUCGAAAACAAAUUGAUGGAAAAAAUGGACAAGAAUUUGAUAGAAAUCAAUAAUAAAGUCCAAGAAGGUGAACAGAGAUUCAAUGAAUGGAGAUCAAAAAUCAUGAAGGCACUGAAAGGCGUUUUUGAUGCUUCAGAUAUGACACUGAACUGCUCAGUACAAGAUGUUAGCAAUUUAUUAUGAUUCAAGAUAAAGAUUUGAUAUUUAUUUUACUUUUUUCAGGACUACUGAACAUCUAACGAGUCUCAACUGUAUUGAGUAUUGUUUAAUAAUCCAGACUCAAGCUUGAAGCUCGAACAUCCAAAAUAUAAUCAUUUAAAAAAUUAUAAUCACGAAAAUUCAAUUUUUUAAUAAAACUUUUUUAAUUGAUAAUUUACAGGGUCGUUCACUUAUUACGUAACGGUUUUAGA